GACGUGGACAUGGACGUGGACAUGGACGUGGACGUGGACGUGGACAUGGACGUGGACAUGGACAUGGACGUGGACGUGGACGUGGACGUGGACAUGGACGUGGACGUGGACGUGGACGGGGACGUGGACGUGGACAUGGACGUGGACGUGGACGUGGACGUGGACGUGGACAUGGACGUGGACGUGGACGUGGACGUGGACAUGGACGUGGACGUGGACGUGGACAUGGACGUGGACGGACGUGGACACGUGGACAUGGACGUGGACGUGGACAUGGACGUGGACGUGGACGUGGACAUGGACAGGGACGUUGACGUGGACGUGGACGUGGACGUGGACAUGGACGUGGACGUGGACGUGGACAUGGACGUGGACGUGGACGUGGACAUGGACGUGGACGUGGACGUGGAGGACGUGGACGUGGACAUGGACGUGGACGUGGACGUGGACAUGGACGUGGACGUGGACGUGGACAUGGACGUGGACGUGGACGUGGACGUGGAUGUGACGACGUGGACAUGGACAUGGACGUGGACGUGGACGUGGACGUGGACAUGGACGUGGACAUUGACAUGGACGUGGACGUGGACGUGGACGUGGACAUGGACGUGGACGUGGACGUGGACGUGGACGUGGACGUGGACAUGGACGUGGACGUGGACGUGGACAUGGACGUGGACAUGGACGUGGACGUGGACGUGGACGUGGACAUGGACGUGGACGUGGACGUGGACGUGGACUGGACGUGGACACGUGGACGUGGACGUGGACGUGGACAUGGACGUGGACGUGGACAUGGACGUGGACGUGGACGUGGACAUGGACGUGGACGUGGACGUGGACGUGGACAUGGACGUGGACGUGGACGUGGACGUGGACGUGGACAUGGACGUGGACGUGGACAUGGACGUGGACGUGGACGUGGACGUGGACGUGGACGUGGACGUGGACAUGGACGUGGACGUGGACGUGGACGUGAACGUGGACGUGGACGUGGACGUGGACGUGGACGUGGACGUGGACGUGGACGUGGACGUGGACGUGGACGUGGACGUGGACGUGGACAUGGACGUGGACGUGGACGUGGACGUGGACAUGGACGUGGACAUGGACGUGGACGUGGACGUGGACAUGGACGUGGACGUGGACGUGGACAUGACGUGGACGUGGACGUGGACAUGGACGUGGACGUGGACGUGGACGUGGAACGUGGACGUGGACAUGGACGUGGACGUGGACGUGGAGGACGUGGACGUGGACAUGGACGUGGACGUGGACGUGGACGUGGACGUGGACGUGGACAUGGACGUGGACAUGGACGUGGACGUGGACAUGGACGUGGACAUGGACGUGGACGUGGACAUGGACGGGAUGGGACGUGGACAUGGACGUGGACGUGGACGUGGACGUGGGGUGGACGUGGACGUGGACGUGGACGGGACGUGGAACACGCGGACGUGGACGUGGACAUGGACGUGGACGUGGACGUGGACGUGGACGUGGACGUGGACGGACGUGGACGUGGACGUGGACGUGGACGUGGACGUGGACGUGGACGUGGACGUGGACGUGGACGUGGACGUGGACGUGGACGUGGACGUGGACAUGGACGUGGACGUGGACAUGGAUGUGGACAUGGACGUGGACGUGGACGUGGACGUGGACAUGGACGUGGACAUGGACGUGGACGUGGACGUGGACGUGGACGUGGACAUGGACGUGGACAUGGACGUGGACAUGGACGUGGACAUGGACGUGGACGUGGACGUGGACGUGGACGUGGACGUGGACAUGGACGUGGACGUGGACGUGGACGUGGACGUGGACGUGGACGUGGACGUGGACGUGGACGUGGACGUGGACGUGGACGUGGACGUGGACAUGGACGUGGACAGUGGACGACGUGGACGUGGACAUGGACGUGGACGUGGACGUGGACGUGGACGUGGACUGGACGUGGACGUGGACGUGGACGUGGACAUGGACGUGGACGUGGACGUGGACGUGGACGUGGACAUGGACGUGGACGUGGACAUGGACGUGGACGUGGACGUGGACGUGGACGUGGACAUGGACGUGGACGUGGACGUGGACGUGGACAUGGACGUGGACGUGGACGUGGACAUGGACGUGGACGUGGACAUGGACGUGGACGUGGACGUGGACGUGGACGUGGACGUGGGGGACAUGGACGUGGACGUGGACGUGGAGGACGUGGACAUGGACGACAUGGACGUGGACGUGGACGUGGACGUGGACGUGGACGUGGACAUGGACGUGGACGUGGACGUGGACGUGGACAUGGACGUGGACGUGGACGUGGACGUGGACGUGGACAGUGGACGUGGACGUGGACGUGGACGUGGACGUGGACGUGGACAUGGACGUGGUGGACGUGGACGUGGACGUGGACGGGACAUGGACGUGGACGUGGACGUGGACGUGGACGUGGACGUGGACGUGGACGUGGACAUGGACGUGGACGUGGUGGAUGGACGUGGACGUGGACGUGGACGUGGACGUGGACUGGACGUGGACGUGGACGUGGACGUGGACGUGGACAUGGACGUGGACGUGGACGUGGACGUGGACGUGGACGUGGACGUGGACAUGGACAUGGACGUGGACGUGGACGUGGACGUGGACGUGGACGACGUGGACGUGGACAUGGACGUGGACGUGGACGUGGACGUGGACAUGGACGUGGACAUGGACGUGGACAUGGACGUGGACGUGGACAUGGACGUGGACAUGGACGUGGACAUGGACGUGGACGACGUGGACGUGGACAUGGACGUGGACGUGGACGUGGACGUGGACAUGGACGUGGACAUGGACGUGGACAUGGACGUGGACGUGGACAUGGACGUGGACAUGGACGUGGACAUGGACGUGGACGUGGACGUGGACAUGGACGUGGACGUGGACAUGGACGUGGACGUGGACGUGGACGUGGACAUGGACGACGUGGACGUGGACAUGGACGUGGACGUGGACGUGGACGUGGACAUGGACGUGGACAUGGACGUGGACAUGGACGUGGACGUGGACAUGGACGUGGACAUGGACGUGGACAUGGACGUGGACGUGGACGUGGACGUGGACAUGGACGUGACAUGGACACUUGGGAAUUGA